AAAGCCAAGGUGUUGGUUUCUCCCUAAAAUCUUCUCUCUGUGUGUAAAUUUUGUACGUACAUAAAUACAGAUACACAUUGCACCAAAUCUCAUCAGCGAAAACCUCUAUCCUCCAUUUCGCCCCCCCCUUUUUCCCCUCUUUUUCUAUCUAAAUUCUCGAUUUUCUUCGAUCCUUCGUCUUCGAUUGUCACUGUUAGAUUCUCAGUAGACCUUUAAUCCGAUGUUUAUACAGUUUUAAUCGGAUUCAUAUGAUUAAAAAUUGUAUUUAUUGGUAAGAACGUAUCGAAAUUUCGAUCUAUGAUUAUUGGGGAAGAAAUCAAUUGAUUGUUUGGUUGUAAUUUGGUGAAUUGAUUAAUCGGAUUUCGGUCAAAAAUUUUCUGAAUCGAAUCGGACGGCGGAGAUUUGAGGAGAGUGAUGGGUAGAUAGAUAGGUGAAAGUUGAAUCGUUUAAGAGAUUGAGAAGCAAAAAUGCCAGGGUUAGCGCAGAGAAAUGAUGAGCAAAAUGACAAUGAAACGACGGCGUUUAACGUUUCUAGAAAAUCGAUUUCGAGUAAUGGGUUUUGGUCAAAGCAUCGUGAGGAUAUAUGCUACAAUCAGCUUCAGAAGUUCUGGAGUGAGCUAUCACCACAAGCUCGGCAGAAGCUUCUAAAGAUUGAUAAACAAACUCUCUUUGAGCAAGCUCGUAAGAACAUGUACUGUUCUAGAUGCAAUGGAUUACUGCUUGAAGGUUUUUUCCAAAUUGUCAUGUAUGGAAAGUCUUUGCAGCAUGAGGAUGCAGGUGCUCACCGUCCUUGCAGCAGAGUUGGGACCUUGAAGGAUCAAUGCGAUGGAGAGUUGCGUGCAACAACAGGGUCUGAGUAUGAUGUUCAAGAUCCAUCUGUCCAUCCUUGGGGAGGUCUAACCACAACACGAGAUGGGAUGCUUACCUUGUUGGAUUGUUAUCUAUAUACCAAAUCCCUGAAGGGACUUCAAAAUGUAUUUGACAGUUCACGUGCAAGGGAACGAGAGAGAGAACUGCUUUAUCCUGAUGCUUGUGGUGGAGGUGCUAGGGGUUGGAUAAGCCAAGGGAUGGCAACUUAUGGCAGAGGUCAUGGAACGAGAGAAACAUGUGCUCUUCAUACUACCAGACUUUCUGUAGACACAUUGGUAGACUUCUGGACUGCCCUGGGGGAAGAGACACGACAGUCUCUUCUGAAAAUGAAGGAAGAGGACUUUAUCGAAAGGCUCAUGUACCGGUUUGAUAGCAAGAGGUUUUGUAGAGACUGUAGAAGGAAUGUUAUCCGUGAAUUCAAGGAGCUGAAGGAGUUGAAACGCAUGCGCAGAGAACCUCAUUGCAGCAUUUGGUUUUGUGUUGCUGAUGCGGCAUUCCAGUAUGAGGUUUCUCACGACACAAUUGUAGCUGACUGGCAUCAGGCCUUCAUUGAUACCUUUGGGACAUAUCAUCACUUUGAAUGGGCAGUUGGAACUGGAGAGGGAAAAUGUGAUAUAUUGGACUAUGAAAAUGUUGGCUUGAGUGGGAGAGUGCAAGUCAGUGGUCUAGACUUGAGCGGUUUCAAUGCCUGCUAUAUCACUCUACGGGCAUGGAAACUGGAUGGUAGAUGUACUGAACUUUCUGUCAAAGCACAUGCAUUGAAGGGGCAACAGUGUGUACAUUGCAGGCUUGUGGUUGGAGAUGGUUUUGUUACAAUAACAAGAGGGGAAAGCAUUAGGAGGUUCUUUGAGCAUGCUGAAGAGGCUGAAGAAGAAGAGGAUGAGGAUUCCAUGGACAAGGAUGGAAAUGAACUGGAUGGUGAAUGCUCUCGUCCUCAAAAACAUGCCAAGAGUCCUGAACUUGCUCGGGAAUUUCUCCUAGAUGCUGCAGCUGUAAUUUUUAAGGAGCAGGUUGAAAAAGCUUUUAGAGAAGGAACUGCACGGCAAAAUGCACAUAGCAUAUUUGUAUGUCUUGCGUUGAAGUUGCUGGAGGAGCGCAUUCAUGUUGCCUGCAAGGAGAUUAUUACUUUAGAAAAGCAGAUGAAACUUCUCGAGGAAGAAGAGAAGGAAAAACGCGAAGAAGAAGAGCGCAGGGAGAGGAGGAGGAUAAAAGAAAAGGAAAAGAAGCUGCGGAGGAAGGAGAGAUUAAGAGAGAAAGAAAAGGAUAGAGAGAAGAAAAGUUGCGACUCAAACCAAAGUAAUUUUGCCCCUGAUGAUGUUUCAAAGGAGGAAUUGUCACCUAAUGUUGAUGAGGAAUCUAAUCUGAUGGGCUAUACAGACUCGGUAAGUGAAACUGGUGAAGUUAAUUUAUCCAGCCCUUUAUCACCGAAUGGUGAAGAUGAUCUACUUUUGGAUGGAUAUAAUCACCCAAGUAUGCAAAUCCACUCCGAUGAUUAUUUUGAGGAAUUCAAUAUGAAUGAGGGGAAUGGCUCAUUUGCAACUGACCAUGUGAGACAUUCUGGGAGGUUGAAAUUUCGAAAAGAAUUUGAACCAGAUUCAAACCUGAAAUGGUUCGAUGGACGGCGGUUUGCUGUUUCAGGUAGUGGAGGUGCGGCAAGUAAGUAUGAGCCAAGACAUCGCUGUGAUAACUUUGAAGCUUCAAGGAGUACCAACAGGUUAAAUAAGCAAUUAAGAAAUGCUGCAAAAUCCAGCAUGAAAGAUGGUGCCUCCAAGUUUGCUGAGAAGUUAAAUUGUUCCAAUAUCAGGAAGUAUGACCGAUAUGAAUCCUCAGAUUGCAGCUGUAACCAACACAUUGACGACAGAGCUAAGUUGUACCCAAACAUGGCCAGAGGAAUCGGGAACAACAAACCUGUGAGUAAGUUAGGAUGCGAAUCAGAUAUCUCCAAGCCCUACUAUGGAACCAAAUAUAAUCAGGUUGAAUAUGUGCGUGAAAAUUGUGCAAGACCCAAAAGCAAAAUGGCUAUACGUAAUAAUCUGUCCAGCAGAGAUUCAUCUGUUACUAAGAAGGUAUGGGAACCAAUGGAAUUGCGAAAGAAAUAUCCAAGGAGCAGCUCUGACUCUGAUGUUACCUUGAGAUCUUCAACUUUCCAGAUUGAGAGCACCAGAAUUGAUAAGCAUCCUGAGCCUUCUAUUUCUAAUAAUUUGGGAGUGUCCAGUUCUCUUCAGAUAAGUGAAGAAAAGGGCAUACAAGAAUUCAGAAAGUCUAGUUCUGAAACAAAAAGCAAUUGUGCAAGUGGUUUUCACUUAGAAGAUAAAUCACUUCGUUAUGUGAAAGAAGUGGCUGAAGAUGAAGUUGCUUCAUGUCUGAUGCCGAGGUCUUCCUCUCAGAGGACUUUGGGUUCAUCACAAAGCAGCUCUUCUAAUUCUGAUAAUUGCUCAUCCUGCCUUAGUGAGGGAGACAGUGCUACGUCCUUUUCAAAUCCACAUAAUUCAGAAUCAUCAUCGACGUCAGAUUCAGAAGAUUGCAGCAAAAACUCUGAAGGUAGAGAAACUUCUGAAGUUAUGCAGAAUGGUUUUGCUGAAUGCUACGAAGUUGCACAAGAAAAAAGAAAUGCUACUGGUAGAGGUGAGGAUGUCAGUUCCCUGACACCAAAUUCUGCAGGAACAACUACUAUGGGAAGUUUCCCUACCACAGCUGCUUCAACAAAUGCGAAUGUGAAUGGGACUCUUGGCAUGCGACCUCAAUCCUUGCGUCCACCAGUCCACAAUCAAGGCACACACUUCCCAAGGUUUCAAGUUCCUGCGAUGGACUAUUAUUAUCAAACUCCACCUUCUUGGGCGGCUGCUCCUGUAAAUGGGUUCAUGCCAUUUCCUCAUCCAAACCAUUAUGUAUUUGCUAGUCCAUUUUCCUAUGGUUUAAACGCGAAUACCCAUUUCAUGCAGCAUGGUGCCCUGCAGCAUCUGAUCCCUCCACCCAUUAACCCUGGUCACUUGCCUGUUUUUCAGUCAGUUGCUCCAACCAAUGACAGAUGCAUCAAGGAAAAUGCCAAGGUUUCAACAGUUGGUAGGUUAAAAGAUCCCCAUCAGGAAGCUAAUGUGCAAAGGAUGGCUCCAGUAGGACAGCACACAAUGGAGAAAUCAACGAGUGCUGGAUCCGGUGAAAAUGAGGAGUCUAGAAAUUCAGGCUUCUCUCUUUUCUCAUUCACGCCCGAUCCUUUUUCUCUAAAAGAAGGGAUGGUGAGGAACAUAUCUUCAAAUUUGAAAACCAAUCACAUUGCAGGUGAAAGUGGCUGCAAUAAGAAAGAGCCCAUUGAAGAGUACAACCCAUUUGCUAAUCAAAUCGAGUUUCCCUUUUCCGAUAUAGUUAGAUAGAGAAGGUGGCUGCCUGCCUGAGAUUUCAGUUUCUAUCCUCUUCUGAGUGAUGGAAGUUUGAGAACUUGUAAUUUUGGUGCACAAUAAUCCACCUCAGGAUUUUUUAAAAUCAUGUCAUGACUUCCUUUAUAUGGUUUGAUUUGCUUUGAGUUUUAAAAUUGUUUCUUUUCCUGAUGCAAGGAGAGUAAAAGUUGAGUUGAGAGGAUGUCAUUAUAUUUCAGGUUUUCUUGAUGCUAUGAGAAUUUGUCUUUACAGACUAUUGUGGUGCUUGGUUGGCAAGAUAUCCCUUAUAUUUAGAAUCACAAA